CAGAGAAAACAGGAAAUGGGGAGGUAUAGGAGUGACUUUAGGCAAGGCUUGCCAGGGCAGUCGACACAUUCUCACACACCGGGUGGGAAUGUGUGGAUAUACAUAUAUUCGCCGACGACGGUUAUUCGCAGGCACAUGCGCCUAUUCCCGAGAGUAUGUACGCUUUUCAGGGCUAACUUGGGGGGAUCGCCCCUCCUAUAGUUCGUGGACGUCUAGGAACAUUUGCGCACGGAGAUUAAGUGCAGGUAAGACGCUCCCGUUCUUAGAGUCUGCUUUCUGCAUCACAGCCUUGGAUUCGGCCAAACGAUACGUCAAUCUGAAGCCUCCUGAGUGGAGCACACAAAGUGGUUGGUCAGGUUGUGUGAGUAGACGAAUUCCUCAGCUUACUGCCACCCUUACAAGGCUCGUAAUAGUGUAUUUUUUUUUCUUUUUCAGUUGGACUUUGCAGCUUAUUACCUGCCCCCAAUUUCUCCCCCUCUUUUUGGUUCUCUUUUCCUCUUAUAGACUGAUCAUCCUGAGGGCCCUGCCGUCAGCUAUCGUGGUCUCUGACGGGAUGUCAACUUCGGCAGAAGCUGCCAAGAUGCCGAAUAAACAGUACUUAUGAUGUCUUGAAAGCUGCAGAGUUACGAAAAAGGGUAAGAAA